UCCUUUCGAAUUCCUCCUACUGGGUACACGUGGCAAUUGUGGCAUUCACGCAAUCCUUUCCCGCCGUAUAGGCCCACAUGAACAGUAUAAAAAGAGCGUAACAUUCAUUCGGAAUCGUUCAGUCUUGUUCAACGACUCGUCGCUUACAUACCUGAUCUGAUUCAACAUGCCUGUUUACAAACUCCAUUACUUUAACCUCCGUGGACGUGCUGAGUUGGCUCGUCUUAUUAUGAGUCAGGCUGGUGUUGAGUUUGAGGAUGUCCGUUUCGAGCGAACUGAAUGGCCUGCUCUCAAAGCCACUAUGCCAUUUGGCCAAGUUCCUGUUCUGGAAGUUGAUGGACAAAUGCUUGCUCAGUCGAACACCAUUUCUCGAUACCUUGCCAGGAAACAUGAUCUUGCUGGCAAGGACGAGUGGGAGCAAGCCUUGGCCGACAUGUAUGCUGACAACAUUAAUGACUUGAUGACUGGUAUGCGACCAGCUUUUCUGGAGAAGGAUGCAGACAAGCAGAAAGAAUUGUACGAGAAAUUCAUGACUGAGACUGUUGGAACUCAUGUUGCUUUUAUUGAGAAGCAAUUGGAGAAGAAUGGUACUGGUCACUUAGUUGGCAAAGAGUUGACCUGGGCUGAUUUGGCUUAUUAUGGUUUCUUCUCCUUCCUCGUUGAGAAAUUUGGUGAGGAAUUCCUGAAAGAUGCAUCACAUCUAAAGAGUUUGAUCGCUCUUGUCGAAGAUCUGCCUAACAUUAAAAAGUGGGUUGAAUCUCGCCCCAAAACUGAAAUUUAAAUCUUUUUGUUUCAAGUCAAAUCACGUUGAAAAUAUAUAUUGGUUAAAAAUGUU